AUGAUUCGGAGUGUGCGACAUACCCCACAGCAAGAGCUGGAGCUGCUGUGUGAUAUUAACGAGAUGGAAUCGGAGGGCGAACAAUGUGAGGUGUCGGAUGGAGAUGACGAGAGCGAGUGCGGAAGCGAAUUCAAUCUGAACCUUGAAUCUGAUUCAGGUUCAGAAUCGGACUCUGAAAUUGAGUGUGCUGGGGACUCAUUUCAAGAGGCUAGAGAUGGCACAGUAUGGGCUGAACAAACUGCUGGCAACCCUCGGGGGAGAGCGCGAGAGUCCGAUAUAAUGAGAGAAACCCCUGGGCCCACGUGCUAUGCCAAGGACAAUAUCACAAGUCCACUGAGCAGUUUACUGUGCUUGAUCGACACAGAAAUGUGGGGAAAGAUUCGAAAAUACACUCAAGCGGAAGCGGAUCGAAAUUAUGCUGAUAAAUUCAAACUGACAGCUGACAAACUAAAAGCAUUCGUGGGUCUCCUCUAUUUGAGAGGUAUUACGGGCGGUAAAAGCAUGAACCUGGAUGAGCACUGGUCUACUGACUUGGGAAACCCCAUUUUCAAACAGACAAUGUCUCUGCAGAAAUUCCGAGAUAUCAUGCGCUAUCUGCGCUUUGAUGACAAGAACACAAUGGCUGCCCGCCUUGUGACAGAUAAAUUUGCCAUGAUAUCCGAGAUUUUCGAUAAAUUUGUGAAAAACAGUAUUGCCUCUUACACACCCGGUGAGAACAUAACUGUAGAUGAACAGUUGUUCCCUACUAAGUUGCGCUGUCCUUUCACACAGUACAUGGCCAAUAAACCGGACAAAUUUGGUAUCAAAUUCUGGGUGGCCGCUGAUGUCAAAACAAAAUACAUGCUGAACGCAAUACCCUAUCUAGGGAAAGAUGACAGUAGCCCGGCUGGUCAACGGUUAUCGGACAAUAUUGUGAUGCGUCUGAUGGAGCCUUUCCUGGGGGAAGGAAGAAAUGUCACAACAGGCAAUUUCUUCACCUCGUUGGCACUGGCAAACAAUCUUUUGGCGGACAAAACCACCAUUGUUGGCACAAUGGAUAAAAACAGACGAGAGUUGCCCCCUUGUACACAGGCACAGUCUGAAAGAUUUUCCACCAAGGUGCUGAGGGCUGGAAAAGUUACACUGACCAUUUACCAGGCGAAGCCAAAGAGAAACGUAUGCAUCCUGAGCACAAUGCAUCAGACAGUUUCAACUGAUAAUGGUGCAAAGAAACUGCCUGAAACACUUUCCCACUACAACAGCACUAAAGCUGGCGUUGAUGAUAUGGAUAACAUGGUACGGCUGUAUUCGGUAAAUGGAGGCAAAUGCCGUUGGCCUGUGGCUGUGUUUUACAACCUCCUAGACCUGGCUGUGAUUAAUGCACACGUUCUGUACAAACAGUGCAUGAACGUCACCAUAAGCAGAAGGAAAUUUAUUCUGGAGCUGGUGAAAGAGCUGUGUGCGCACCACAAAAUGGCAAGGGCAACGGGGGCGAUAGCACGUAAGCGACUUUUGCCUGAAACCCCUUCUCCGCCUGCGAAAAGGAGACAGUGCCAAAUCGGCAGAUGUUCGGGGAACAAAACUUGUGACAUCUGCCAGACAUGUAAGCGACUUGUCUGUGGCAAAUGCUCCAAGAACGCACCGAAGCUGUGCUCGGAAUGUUGA